AUGGAAUUUACAGGAGAUACAUACUCUGUCGGUGCCAAUGAACAAUUUGAUGGUCGGCGAGCUGAUAUGACCUAUUACCGCUCAAGAAGUUUGCGCGCGACCUUGCAUCUGUCAUUGUCGAAAUACAGAACAAAGUGGACCACGCAUAUUUGUCGAGCCAUUCGGUACUGCUUGAACAUUUUUGAUGGCACCAAGGUAUUGCCAUUAUCAGUCGUGAUCAACACUGAUGGUUUCUCGAGCAAGAAGCUCCGCGAUGCUGCAUUGGACAAAUCAGCCCGUAAUCCGUUUUACGCCCAUCCUUGCCAAUCAUGUGCGAAACAAGUCCCAGAUAUACAAUGCAGAUUCCCGUUGCGAAACACAUUGACAGCUCCCUAUUGA